AUGGAUCCAGAUGCAUCCAUUAUCCUGGUGGGAGUCCGCGGUGCUGGAAAACGCACGUUGGGUUUGAUUGCUGCUACCGCUCUCAACUGGAGGUAUAUUACGGAGGACCUCUACUUUGAGAAGACGACCGGGAAGACCAGGGCAGCCUACAUCGAGACGUAUGGGAGCCCAUCUUUCUACAAGAAAAAUGUCGAGGUCAUUCGCAGCAUGCUCUUAACGCACCGUGAUAGAUGUGUAAUCGAAUGCGGCUGGGGCAGCUUAUCUUCGGAAAUCCACGAACUCCUUCAGAACCUCUGCGCAACCCAUCCGGUCAUCCACAUCACUCGCUCGUUGAAGCAGAUCCAAAGUCUUUUACAGCUAGACAAGUUCCAAACUUCUCUCUUUCGACGUGCGGAUGAAUACCACCGGGAGUGUUCGAUCUACGAAUUCUACAAUAUCCACGACUGGACUGACCAAGACACCUCGGGGGAGGUCCGACAGUCAACUCUGUUUUCGGCAUUUAGGCUUAAGGAUGCGAAAGCUCAGUUUUGUUCGUUUCUCGAUCGGGUUCGCAAAGAUGGCUCAACGGCUUUAAGUUCCCAAAUAAACCGCCCGCUCUCAGCUAUCCCACUGGUCGAGAGAAGGUUUACGCACAUGGUGCCCAUUCUUCUCUCGGAUCUGGUGACACGAAGCCCGCCGUUGGGUGAAAUGGAAUUCAUUGAAGAUGCUGUGGAACUGAAGAUUGAUGCAUUCUCGCGUCAUGCCGGACAACGUGUCAGUGAGAAAGUGGCAGCGCUUCGAAGACAUUUUGGCGUUCCCAUCAUGUAUGGCGUGGCAGUCCCUAAAGAAAAAGGCACCUCCACGACGGGAGAGUGUUAUACUGACGCCCAAGUUCUCAGCCAUGGCCUUCGCCUGGCAGUGGAUUUCCUCGUGGUCGACAUAUCAUGCCUGACAGCAGACAUUCAAAACGUUCUGUCGAAGAGGCGCUCUACACGGGUCAUGGGUCACUGUGAAAUUCCCUGGGAUGACUACAGUCCCGUUCAGAAGGGUAUCAAUAUGUACAGAAAGGCCGCCGCGCUGGGAUGUGACAUCGCCCGGAUUGUCUAUGUGAAUGGUACCGAGCCCACCGGUAGAGAGAUGCUGGACCAGUGUCUGACAGCAUUAAGAGACUCGGUCUCUUCAUUUGCGAGUCAUCGUCCCGCUUUGAUCACCUAUGGCGCUGGUUUCUCUGGCUGUGAAGCAGGACAGAUUUCGAACGAAAUAUUGACGCCGGUCUACCAUCCAGAACUUAGUGACCGGGAAUCCGGGCCACACCGUCAUCUGACCACCAAAGAGGCAAUGAAGAUUCGUUUUCAGCAACGGCAGCUUGACCCUCUUCGGAUUUAUCUCAUAGGAAAUGUGUCUCUGAGAGUGGCACCAGCCAUGUUCAAGGCCGCUCUCGACGCGGCUGGACUCGCAUUCGAAUAUGUUGCCCAAGAUACGAUUGAUGGGGACGGACUUAAGGAGCUGGCCAAAGACGACCGCUUUGGUGGAGCCAGUAUCACCUACGGAUUCAAAACGAUCGUUUCACCAUAUGUGGACUUGAGGAGUGAACAUGCGAUGGCGAUUGGCGCCGUCAAUACCCUGUUGCCCUUGAGGACAAGUGCUAACGUUGACGCGCCGUCUGGACAGGGGCUGCUAGUCGAUCGCGGUCGGGCUGGUCCAAUUCACGGUUGGUAUGGUGACAAUACAGACUGGAUUGGGAUGACGGUUUGCAUACAACGCAACCUGUCUCCAAGGAAUGCGAUCCAACCCGCCAAGACAGCUGGACUAGUUCUUGGUGGUGGUGGGAUGGCUCGCGCUGCUAUUUACACCAUGCUGCGACUGGGAGUGAAGAACGUCCUUGUCUUCAACCCGACAGCAGAAGACCCCAACCUCCUUCCCCAGCAUUUCAAUGCGUGGCUGCAAUCUCAUGGGCGAGACAACCAGAUGGUGUCAGCCCUUCUUGACACCCAAGAACCAUGGCCAUCCAACACGGAGCAACCUAUCGUCAUCAUCUCUUGCCCUGCAGUGAUCACCGCAAAUGCCGCAAUUGCCCCAAACGCGGAGGUGCCUUUGCAGUGGUUACAGAGUAAAACAGGCGGAGUGGUGUUGGAAAUGGCAUAUAAACCUCUAAUAACACCACUACUCCAACAGGUUCAAGACCUCCGCACCCGGUCAGGACGGCCUUGGGUCACGGUGAAUGGGCUGGAAAUGCUGACCGAGCAAGGAAGUGUACAAUUUGAACUUCUCACCGGUCGGAGGGCUCCACGGCAGACCAUGCGUAUGGAGGCGCGUAAGGCCUAUGGCGAGGAAGAGCUCGACAAGAACAUCUGA